AUGAAAGGCCGCUGGAAACGUCUUAACGAAAAUGAAAACAAAUGGGUUGCUGCUUGCAAGGAAGCAAAUGCUCGAAGAAGGAGUGGAAUGAGCGACGACGAUGUUGAGAAAGAAGCUCAUUCCAUUUACGAAGCAUAUGUUGAUAAUCAGGAAAGUGGUGCCAGUUCGAAAAGAUCAAAGACUUCGGAAGAUGGGGGAUUUUCAAUCCCUUCUAAUCCAGAAACUCCAACAUCUAAACAGUCAACUGCGACUCGUCCCAUUGGAAGAGAUAAGGCAAAAAGGAAAGGAAAAGAACUUCGUGCAAUAAGACUCACUAGAGAUGCCGAAGCUGAGUUAAUAAAGACUCGAAUCGAACUAGAGCGCGAGAAGUUGCAAAGAAACACAAUGAACAUGAAAGAAAAAAUGUUGCUUCAAUUGUUGGUGAAAGAGCACUUAUCUUCAGAAGACAAAGAGAUGAAACAAAUCGCUAUUCAAAUAGUGGAAGCUGCUACUGCUAAUGAUGAGUUUUUUCAACAGAGACGAGAUGCCACCAGCAGAGUAGGUCUUUCAUCAUUGCAGAAAUGUACUGGAGCCAUGUGGGUGUUGGCGUAUGGGACAUCUUCUGAUGUUGUCGAUGAGUAUCUACGAAUGAGUUCAUCUUCGACAAGAGAUGCUUUAGUCCAUUUUGUGGAAGGUGUUAUUUCUUGCUUCGGUGGUACGUAUCUCAAAAGGCCUAAUGAACAAGAUUUAGCAAGGCUGCUCUAUGUUGGAGAACAACGUGGUUUCCCAGGCAUGAUUGGCAGUAUUGAUUGCAUGCAUUGGGAGUGGAAAAAAUGUCCUAAUGCAUGGGCCGACCAAUAUACUGGGAGAAGUGGAAAUCCAACAAUCAUUUUGGAAGUUGUUGCUUCAUACGACUUGUGGAUAUAG